ACCGACUCAGCUCAACUCAGACUCAGAAAACUCAUUAGCCCUUUAAUCCGUUAAUGGAGAGCUCACAGGACCCAAAUUUUAAACCACCAGUUCGCGCCGACGAGUCCGAGUCCGAGCUCGAUCUCUACACCAUCCCUACGCACUCCCGUUGGUUCUCUUGGGACUCUAUUCACGAAAUCGAAAGAUUCUCGUUGAGAGAAUUUUUCGAUGGGAGUUCUUUCACUCGAACCCCCAAAAUCUAUAAAGAUUACCGAGACUUCAUCAUCAAUAAGUACAGAGAAGACCCGUCGCGGAGACUCACUUUCAGCGAGGUACGUAAAUCGCUGGUAGGUGACAUUAGCUAUCUCCAGAAGGUCUUCUCUUUGCUUGAAAAAUGGGGGUUGAUCAAUUUUGAUGCUGCAACGGCGGCGGCGGCGUCUGGUGAUGGGGAUAGAGAGGAUGAGAGGUGGAAUGUUAGGGUUGAGGAAGGGGUUCCACAUGGAGUCAGGGUCGUGGCGGUUCCGAAUUCCUUGAAGCCGGUUUCGUUGCCGCCAAGUGUGGGUGUUGGGGAGAGUGGUGGUGAUUUGGUGGAGAAUGGGUUUAAAUUUCCGCCUUUGGCUUCGUUUUCGGAUGUUUAUGGCGAGUUGAUGAAGCAACGAAAGGGUAUCUUUUGUGGGAAUUGUAAAGAGCUGUGCAAUUCGGGACACUAUGAAUAUAUAAAGCAGGAAGGAAGUCUCAGUAUUUGUGUGACAUGCUUUAAAAACGGAAUCUAUGGGGAGAGCAAGUCUGGGGAUGAUUUCAAGUUCAUUGACUGCGUUUUAGACAGUGGUGACCAUGGAGCAGUUUGGACUGAAGCAGAAACUUUACUUCUUUUAGAAUCUGUUUUGAAGCAUGGAGAUGACUGGGAGCUUGUCACUCAAAAUGUUCAAACAAAGAGUAAGCUGGACUGUAUUUUAAAGCUUAUACAGCUACCUUUUGGGGACCUUAUGUUGGGAUCUGCCCAUGGAAAGGCAAGACUUUGGGAUUCCAAUGGCAACGUAAGCGGUGUCAAGCAACUACAGUUCACUUCAAGCAAGUCUCAAGAGAGUGUCAAAACAGAUGACGAUGAGCUUAAGGUUGAGACUCAGCAGAUUGGAGAUGCCGAGAAUGAAGGUCCUCCACCAAAGAGAGUAUGCACUGCUCCAAUAUCAGAUACCAGUAGUACACUGAUGAAACAGGCCGCUCAUAUCUCUACCAUGGUUGGGUCACAUAUCACAGCUUCUGCAGCUGAGGCAGCCGUUACAGCCCUUUGCUAUGAAAACCAAUGUACAAGGGAAAUAUUUGAUGGUGAUGAUGAUGCUGGUGAUGAGUUAGGAUCUUCCCUUCAAAAUAACGAGAAAGAGAGAGCCCUUGAGGUUGAAGAAUCAGAGAUGGAGGAAAGGCCCACGCAAUCAGAAAAUCAGGAGACAUCUCUCAAGAAGGAUGUUAUCCCCUUGACUUUACGGAUGAGAGCUGCAACUGCAACGGCUCUGGGUGCUGCUGCUGCUCAUGCCAAGUUAUUGGCAGAUCAGGAAGACAGAGAAAUAGAACAUUUAGUGGCAACUAUACUCGACACACAGGUAAGUUAUACUUUUUGUCGGAUUCCUACGCAAUUACACAAGCGAUUUAAUGCAAUAAUGAGUCAGAGCCAUGAGAAAGUGAACUUACCCUCCACCUUAAAAUCCUAUGCGGAUAACUGCUCUAGUUGGUCAUCUUAUUUUAUUUAGUUUUUUUUUCCUUCAAUGAAAUGCCAUUUUUUAAGUACACAGACCUUGAUGUUUAUUCUUUGAUGAAUGCAUGCAUAGUUGAAGAAAAUGCACCACAAAAUCAAGCAUUUUGAAGAUUUGGAGCUGAUAAUGGAAAAGGAACACUCACAAAUGGAGGAACUGGAAGAGUCUCUCAUAGAAGAGCGGAUAAAAGUCUUACAAAGGGUAUUCAAUACUGGGAUGCCUGGAUUGAGGGAUCACACUUUUGUAAAGUCUCAGACAGGCACUGUACUCUGAAGGUAUCUAAUUUAAAAUGUAAGGAAGUUAUGUAGGAGAUUCAUCAUAAACAUGUCAGGCUUCCCAUAGUAUGUAGCUUGUUUAGUACAUCAUUCUUUGCUGCAGACAAUUGUUGUAGAUCAAUUUCUUUUACUUUCACGUGUUUCUCUUUUAGUUGCUUAUAGUUGUAAUGUUCUUGGGAACAUAUCAUACUUGCACUUCUAAUUAUGAAAUGUAAACCAGCUCAUAUUU